AUGCUGCUCGCCUCGCCACCUGCGCCCUCCGCCCUUCUAGCAGGCGCGCGUGCGGGCGCGGGUGCAGCGGUGAAGCGGCAGGUGCACGUGGGACGAGGUGGGCGACGAGCCCAUUGCGAGCACGAGCGGCGGAUCCACGCGGUAGCGCCAUUCGCGCGCCAGCUGACCGUGCCCACCACUCACUGCACGGUGCUCGCCCACCCCCGCCCCCGCGUGCCACUCACCCACACCCACCCACGCGCGGCAGUGACCCUUAACCCCCCGCGUGGCAGUGAAGCUUACCCAGAGGCGCGCGGCAUCGGCGUGGUGCUGGGGCGAGUGCCCGUGGGCACUCGUGGACGACGGCUUGCCCAACCACGUGCUGUUGUGCUGCGUUCUCCUUGCUGCCCACCCACCGCCGCCACCUCCCUCACCCACUCCAACGCCCGCCACUCCCUCAACUCCACCCGCCACACGCGCUCUCACCUCCGCCUCUCCCUCGCCACACACCCGCCGCCCUUGCAUGCAUGCAUGCCUUUGCUUCUCUCGCCCACUCUGCGCUUUCGCCUGCACGCGCAUGCUCCUGCUGCUGCCCACGUGGGAGCGGGCGAGGGAGUGCAAGCAGGGGUGCAGGGGGUGGCAGCAAGGGCGCGCAGGGAGAGCGAGUUGAGGCAGCUACUGCGUGGCGGCGGGGGAGUAUUCAGCUUCUACUCUCUGCGCUGCAACUGGCGUUGGCUCUUGAGGUGGGUGGAUUGGGGGGAGUGCGCAUGGGGUAGUGAACGUGGAGUGUGGGGGCGUGGGGGCGUGCCGUAUGGGCGUUUGGUGGAGUGA